AAUUUUUUUUUUCUGCUGACUUACAAACACUUUAGAAAACUGAUUAAAUCAUAACUUUGGAUUGAUGAAAGAAAAGUCUCGGUAUCGCAGACGGAGUGCCAGUGCAGCCAUUUUCGUGUUCACUGGGUUCUUGUGCUAACAGUCGGGCUGACUCGCUGGCAGACUCUUCGGCAGUGUUUAUGGACAACAAUAUCUGAACUGCGAAAGGCGUCUUCUGGUCAUAUUUGUGUUUGAAGCGAAGGUGACAGUUUCUUUCGGUAGUGUGGAAUACGUCGUUUGCAGCACCCGUUGCCCCCCGGGUUAAACUUUUUCAAACUUUUAUGUACAUUCCAGGUUUAAACUUAAGCUAUCUAAGUAAAGGUGAGUUAUUUUGCUUGCGAUGCUUAAAGGCACUCGUCAUUUUAUUCAUUUUUUAAAUGUCGAAUAUCAUGUGAUUUAAACUUUCUGGUAUACGUUUUAAUUUUAUUUAUUACUUUUGCAACGGCCCAUUUUGAUUUGAUUUUUUUUAACCCUAAAAAAGGGUCUCUUGUAGAAAAUGAGUUUUAGUUGCCGAAGAGACAGCAGUACUUCGCCAAAGAUGCGCCCACUUCGACAGAAACUCCAGUUUUCCCCCAGUGACGGAGAAGACGAGCCCGCAGAAGAGGACGCCAACAGCACUGGUGCAGACUCGGCUUUCCAGGAGCUGGACUCCCCGGUGCAGUCGAGGCAGAAAUCGGGAAAGGAGCGAAACGAGCAAGCAGGGGGCAGCCCCGGGAUUCGACAUGAAGACCGGGAUUUCUGGGAGGAAGAAGGAUUUGGAUCACCUUCUCCUCUAAAGUCUCCCAGUGAUUUUAUGAGGGGCUCCCCGUCUCCGAGGAAAUGUAACCGUGCUUACAACAGCUUUUCACCGGAGAGUUCGUACCACAGAGAGGGGUCCAGCUCGCCGAUCCCCGACUGCCCCGAUACGCCGCCUCAUAAAACCUUUAGAAAACUUCGACUGUUUGAUACACCACAUACACCAAAGAGUUUGCUGUCCAAAGCAAGGGCGGCCUCCGGCCCUGGGUCCGUUCGGCUCAGAGGAGUGGCUCUCUUUAAGAAUCUGGAGUCUUCUGGGAAGACAUCAUCUGAUUGCAAAAGAAACACAACACCCCAUGUUAAUAUAAACCCCUUCACGCCGGAUUCCAUAUUCAUGCAGUCUGCAACACUACAGAGAAACAACAGAAAAAGGACACACUGGAAUGAUUCUUGCGGAGAGGAUAUGGAGGCAAGUGAUGGUGAAUUUGAAGAUGAAACCAUCCCACCACCAAAGAGGAUUACUAUAACUGAAAGUAACAUGAAAUCCCGCUAUGCAACAGAGUUCCAUGAGCUUGAGAAGAUUGGGUCUGGGGAGUUUGGUUCUGUCUUCAAGUGUGUGAAGAGGCUAGAUGGCUGUAUCUACGCCAUAAAACGAUCAAAGAAGCCAUUGGCAGGAUCUGUAGAUGAGCAAAAUGCGUUAAGAGAAGUUUAUGCACAUGCAGUGCUGGGACAACAUCCUCAUGUAGUCAGAUAUUAUUCAGCAUGGGCAGAAGAUGAUCACAUGCUUAUCCAGAAUGAAUACUGCAAUGGGGGUAGUCUAUCUGAUGCCUUGGCUGAGAACUAUCGGAAUAUGCAGUAUUUGACUGAAUUGGAGUUGAAGGAUCUACUACUGCAAGUUGCCCGCGGACUGAAAUACAUUCACUCAACGUCACUGGUACAUAUGGAUAUAAAGCCAAGUAACAUUUUUAUUUCCAGAAAGACUCAUCCAUCUGUGGAUGAAUGUGAUGAUGACGAUGGUCUAUCAACCAGUGUUGUAUACAAAAUAGGAGACCUUGGUCACGUGACUCGGGUGAGCAAUCCAAAGGUAGAGGAGGGCGAUAGCCGGUUUCUAGCAAACGAAGUUCUCCAGGAGGACUACAGAAACCUUACAAAAGCUGAUAUCUUUGCUCUGGCACUGACUGUAAUAAGUGCUGCAGGAGCUGAACCGAUGCCAACAAAUGGUGACAAGUGGCAUGAUAUCCGUCAAGGGAAACUGCCCAGAAUUCCCCAAGUUCUUUCCCUGGAAUUUAUUAAUUUAUUAAAGCUUAUGAUCCAUCAAGAUCCAGAGAAGAGACCAUCUGCAUCAUCCCUGGGGAAGCACCCGGUGCUGCUUACUGCUGCCAGAAUGAGUGCAGAGCAACUCCGAAUUGAACUAAAUGCAGAGAAGUUCAAAAAUGCACUUUUACAAAAAGAAUUAAAGAAAGCGCAGAUGGCCAAAGCUGUAGCAGAAGAGAGAGUGUUAUUUACAGACCGUAUGACAACCAGAUCGUCAGCACAGACUAGCAACAGAGCCUCAAGACUUAUUGGAAAGAAAAUGAAUCGUUCUGUUAGCCUUACAAUUUAUUAAAAUGGACUGCAAUCCCAGAGACUGGGAACAUGUUUGUGCUGGACCAAUCUACAAAUCUGCCUUAGGUGAUAGGCAGGGGACUGUGAAGAGAUACCUGCUGUACAACUGCACGCACUGUUUAGUUUUGGUAGUGCUGGAGAACUAUUGGGUACUAAUAACCAGCAAACAGAUCAAUUAAUUUUUUUUAAUUUUGGUGUGUUAAUUGCCACUAGUCCUGUCCUUAACUAGUCCCUAUAUAUAUAGGGAAUAUUAAUCCCCAAUGUUUGUGAGUGCACCUUUUUAAAUAAAAAUAGCAGUUUUUGCUAUAUACAUUUAAGUUUGGGGUAUUACUGUAUUACAGUGAUUUUUGUCUCUAGUCUUCACUUAAUGUUUUAGUGUGAGGUCAUGAAAGGUAAUGGAUGAGACAUUAGCACCUUACAGCCUUUGAAAAAGUACCCGAACUUGGGUAAUUUUUUUUUUUUUUCCCCCUUUGGUCGAUAUAUGAAAAAUAUAUUAAGCUGAGCACUUUGUAGGUAUUGGUGAAACCAUGGGAUUUAGCCCAUAGGUGAACUUGCCAUGUGAAAACUGCUGCUAUUAGUGUUUUAUGUUUUCUGUAACCUUGUAGCAUUAAAACAAUCAUUGCAGGAUUAGUAGGCUUUCUCUGUUGGAAAUUGAAUUAUGCAACAUUGUUUUAAAUGCCUCAAUUUAGGAAGUUCUCUGUAAAGCUAGUAACUGAAUGGUUCUGAAACUUUUUUUGUAGUACUGUAGUUUUAUACGCAUCCAUUGUCUUUGUAUCAAUCAACAUCCUGUUCAAUAAAUGUUUUUGUUUAA